UUACCUAACGGGCUACUUCCUGUUUACACUGUACGUAACUUCUGCAGUAGAUGUGGCCCCGCCCCUCCUCAUUCAAGGCAAAAUGGCGACGGACGACUGCGAUAUGGACCCUGACAUGGAACUGCUAAGUGACGAAGAAUUAGAAAGGGAAGCAGAGGGCUUCAAAGAGCAAGGCAAUGCCUUUUAUAUCAAGAAGGAUUACGCUGAAGCAUUCAAUUAUUACACCAAGGCCAUAGACAUGUGUCCGAAGAAUGCAAGCUACUACGGAAACAGGGCAGCGACACUAAUGAUGUUGGGUCGGUACAGAGAGGCUUUAGAGGAUUCCCAGCAAGCAGUACGACUAGAUAACUCCUUCAUGAAGGGCCAUCUGCGAGAGGGCAAGUGCCACCUGUCCCUUGGCAAUGCUAUGGCUGCCAGCCGCUGUUUCCAGAGGGUUCUGGAAUUAGAGAAUGACAACAGCCAAGCCCAGCAGGAGCUGAAGAAUGCAGAAUCCAUCCUUGAAUAUGAGAGAAUGGCAGAAAUCGGAUUUGAUAAGAGAGACUUCAGGAUGGUUGUAUUUUGCAUGGACCGUGCCUUGGAGUCUGCCCCAGCAUGUCACAGGUUCAAGAUACUGAAGGCAGAGUGUUUAGCGCUGCUGGGACGCUAUCCAGAGGCUCAGUCUGUAGCCAGUGAUAUUCUGCGGAUGGACUCCACUAACGCAGAUGCACUGUACGUGCGUGGCCUUUGUCUGUACUAUGAGGACUGCAUUGACAAGGCUGUCCAGUUUUUUGUUCAGGCCCUGCGUAUGGCUCCUGACCAUGACAAGGCUCGGCUCGCUUGCAGAAAUGCCAAAGCACUAAAAGCCAAGAAGGAGGAGGGGAACAGGGCGUUCAAGGAGGGAAACUACGAGGCAGCAUAUGAGCUGUAUUCUGAAGCACUAACAAUAGACCCCAACAACAUCAAGACGAAUGCCAAGCUGUACUGUAAUAGGGCCACUGUUGGAUCUAAGCUGAAGAAACUAGAACAGGCCAUUGAAGACUGCACGAAGGCCAUUAAACUGGAUGAGACCUACAUCAAGGCCUAUUUACGGAGAGCACAGUGCUAUAUGGACACAGAGCAGUAUGAAGAGGCGGUGCGAGACUACGAGAAGGUUUACCAGACAGAGAAGACAAAAGAACACAAGCACUUCCUGAAAAAUGCCCAGCUGGAGUUGAAGAAGAGCAAGCGGAAAGAUUACUACAAAGUGCUCGGGGUGGAUAAGAAUGCCACAGAAGACGAGAUCAAGAAAGCCUACCGCAAACGGGCGCUUUUACAUCACCCAGACCGUCACAGUGGAGCUAGUCCUGAGGUGCAGAAGGAAGAGGAGAAGAAAUUCAAGGAGGUGGGUGAGGCUUUCAGCGUUCUUUCAGACGCAAAGAAGAAGGCUCGCUACGACAGCGGUCAGGAUCUGGAGGAUGAUGGCAUGAACAUGGGAGAUUUUGAUGCCAACAACAUUUUCAAGGCGUUCUUCGGAGGCCCAGGGGGUUUUAGUUUUGAAGCAUCUGGACCAGGAAAUUUCUUCUUCCAAUUUGGUUAAUUGGAGGAUUCUUCUACCUAAACCGUUACAACGUCAGGACUUUUCAACAAUGUCAACCCCCCAACUCACCAUCCAUAUUUAACUGAGUGACUGAUUGCAAGUCAGACUCUUGUCUAUGCCAUUGACUGAAUGAAUGCAACCCAAUGACCACAUGCAACAAAUGAUUUAAAGCCCGUUUAGCAAGGACACCAAGACAACUCAAACUGAGUUGAUAGUGUUACUGGUUUUGGAUUUGGUUUUCUUCCUCGCAGAAUGAAACACACUUUGAAGUCAGUAAUGGCUAGCAACCCUGGUCCAAAUAUUCUCUCUAUUUUUGAGAUAGGAGAGACUGUGCAGCUAUAUUAUCAGAGCUUUUAGGGAUCCUGGGGAAACUCCUAAGAUGCAACUGAGAAUUGAGAAAGCUAUUAUCCGGCUCCGCUCAACUUACUGCUGAGCGGGUGUUCUCUGCAUGAAAGUAAAUAACUUGCUUAACGAUUUCGGAAGAAAAUCCCUGAGCAAGCGGCGCCUCCCCCCCUUUGAAGAAUCUGUCAGACAGACAGUUGGCUGCUACAAAUUCGCACUGAAAACUGCCUCCUUGUCAUAAGCCAAUAGAAGUACUUGAGCUUUUUUUUUUUUUUUUUUAAUUCACAACAGCUGGAGCAUAGACGUACACAGACUACAGCACAGAAAGAUGGCAGUGGAGACAGCUGUGCUGACUUUGUUUCCCUCUCCUUCUUGUUGUCACACAUUUUAUGUUUGAUGUUGCCAUUCACAGAUUGCUGCAUUGUACAUUUUACUGGAAUGUAAAGUGUUGAUUUGUGAUGAUAGUUGAUUGUUUUUUCCAUUUUUUUUAUUUUCAUAUGUAUAUUUAUUGUAAAUUUGCUGUCUGAUGACCAUCCAUGUGAGAUGAGGACACUUUUCUGUCAUCUGCAAAGUUUCAGAGGGGCAAGAGAGUAUGCAUCCCUUUGACACAAAAUUCAGGAAGAUAAUUGUUUUUUGCUUGGUGUGCACGAAGUAUUGCGCAAAAAAUAGAUUGUGCUCUGUGUUCUAUGUGAUGCAAGCUGUCUUAUUUUACUCCAUGCAACAGAUAAGCAUAAGAAUACAUGUGUAUGACACGUGGUAUAUGUUCACUAUUGUCCAAGAAAGUGUGUAAUAAUGGAAACCUGGUCAUGUUUGGUUACUUCCUGAUGAAGUGUUUCUUGGUGCAUGUCAUGAAGAAACGAAAAGUGUCCUCAUCUCUGCUCUCAUUAUGUUUGCCCAUACGGCGAAACCAUCCAGUCUCUACCCUUGAAACUUACCAGCCAUGUCAAUAAAGUUGGCCUCCUCUGGGUUUCCCCUAAA